GCCAGCGGCGUGGUUCAAGCGGCGGUUCCCCGGGCAAGAGACAGGCGCGAGCGUUCCGGCUGUGGGCGGGGCCUGGGGGGCGGGGCCUGGGGGGGCGGGGUCUGGCCGUCACGCGCAGCCCCGCCCUCUCGGCCUGGUUGCCCUCCCUGAGGCGGCAACCGUUCCUCGUCCGCCCUUCCCGGUUGGCGGGGCCCGCUGUACCCUGGCUCAGGGGUGACGAUGGGGGACCCUAGCAAGCAGGACAUCCUGGCCAUCUUCAAGCGCCUCCGCUCGGUGCCCACGAACAAGGUGUGUUUUGAUUGCGGUGCCAAAAACCCCAGCUGGGCAAGCAUAACCUAUGGAGUGUUUCUUUGCAUUGAUUGUUCAGGAUCCCACCGGUCACUUGGUGUUCACUUGAGUUUUAUUCGAUCUACAGAGUUGGAUUCUAACUGGUCCUGGUUUCAAUUGCGUUGUAUGCAAGUUGGAGGAAACGCUAACGCAUCUUCCUUUUUCCAUCAACAUGGGUGUGCCACCAGUGACACCAAUGCCAAGUAUAACAGCCGCACUGCUCAGCUCUAUAGGGAGAAAAUCAAGUCGCUUGCCUCCCAAGCAACACGGAAGCAUGGUACUGAUCUGUGGCUUGAUAGUUGUGUGGUUCCAUCUUUGUCCCCUCCACCAAAGGAGGAAGAUUUCUUUGCCUCUCAUGUUUCUCCUGAGGUGAGUGACACAGCGUGGGCAUCAACACCACCAGAACCAUCUUUUUUAACACCAAGGGCCGUGGAAACUACUCCAGAAAAUAAUGAAGGCGGACCAGAACAAGGACCAAGUGUGGAAGGUCUUAAUGUACCAACAAAGCCUGCUUUAGAGGUUUCUUCUAUCAUAAAAAAGAAACCAAAUCAAGCUAAAAAAGGACUUGGGACCAAAAAAGGAAGUUUGGGAGCCCAGAAGCUGGUGAAUACAUGCUUUAAUGAAAUUGAAAAACAAGCUCAGGCUGUAGAUAAAAUGAAGGAACAGGAAGACAUUCUGGCCAAGGCAGCACCUAAGGAAGAAUCAAUUGUUUCAUCAUUACGAUUAGCUUAUAAGGAUCUUGAAAUUCAGAUGAAGAAAGAUGAAAAUAUGAACAUUAGUGGCAAAAAAAAAGUUGAAUCAGAGAGACUUGGCAUGGGAUUUGGACACUGCAGAAGUGGUAUUUCACAUUCAGUGACUUCAGAUAUGCAGACCAUAGAACAGGAAUCACCCAUCAUGGCAAAACCAAGAAAAAAGUAUAAUGAUGACAAUGAUGAUCCAUAUUUUACUUCCAGCUCAAGGUACUUUGAUGAGCCAAUGGAAUUAAGGAGCAGUUCUUUCUCUAGCUGGGAUGACAGUUCUGAUUCCUAUUGGAAAAAAGAGACCUGCAAAGAUACUGAAACAAUUCUGAAAACUACAGGCUAUUCAGAUAGACCCACUGCUCGUCGCAAGCCAGAUUAUGAGCCAGUUGAAAAUAUAGAUGAGGCCCAGAAGAAAUUUGGCAACGUCAAGGCCAUUUCAUCAGAUAUGUACUUUGGAAGACAAACCCAGGCUGACUAUGAAACCAGGGCCCGCCUGGAGAGGUUGUCUGCAAAUUCCUCCAUAAGCUCAGCCGAUCUGUUUGAUGAUCAGAGGAAGCAGACAGCAGGGAACUACAGUCUCUCCAGCGUGCUGCCCAAUGCCCCUGACAUGGCACAGUUCAAGCAGGGAGUGAGGUCCGUUGCUGGAAAACUCUCCGUCUUUGCUAAUGGAGUGGUGACUUCAAUCCAGGAUCGCUAUGGCUCUUAACACUGAUGUCAUGAUACGUGUUUCCUGGAGAAAUUCCUUUUUAAGUGAACCAGUUAACCACAUCACAGGCUGCAAUGAAGACCAGACAGUUUUGCAGAUUGUUUGCUACUUUUUCACAUGGUAUACAUACAUUUCUGAUCUUUAAUAUUCCUUCUAAGAAGUUCUUUUUGCUGUAGUAGAGACUUUCUUGUUGCUUCCAUGUCGCGUUGCUUCCUGUACACGCCCUGCUUUUGUUAUACUUUGCAUACCUUGCUCUGUUUUCCUGGACUCUCCAGUUCCCACAGCAAAGGGCCUGAAGAUACCGGCUCCUCAGAUCUACUGAGAGUCUUCUUCUGGGGGAGGAGGCGUGAUCUCCAUGCGACACAUGGCUGAGGGCUACCAGAAGGGGCUGAUGUUAGAUGGGCCUGCAGAAACAACAUCCACAACACACACACUUACAAAAAGGGAGCAAAGAUUAAAGACAAAAGACCAAAAGUGACAGUGUCUAAUCUGACAGACUGCUUCAUCUACAUGUCUACAUAUUAAGGUGAUUUCAAAGCAAUUUUUUAAAUCAUCUAUCCAUUUGUAAAUUAUUUUGUAUGACCUAUAAAUUUUAAAAUAUUUUCCAGUGAGAGCUUUUAACAAGCCUAACCUUCCACAUUGCCAAGGGAAUUAAUUUUAACUGUUGACAAGGUGUUGCUGUUUGAAUACAUGAGAAAUGUAAGAUGAGAACUCCCUAAGUGUGUUUCUAAAUCGAUAAAGUAUACAGAAUUAAAAUUGAAUAAGGUAAGAAGAUACAGCUACAGAAAUAGUUCCACUUAUGGGAAAACAGUUAUUGUAAUUGGGUAGUUUUGUUAAUAUUUUUUAAUCCUGGUUUUCAAAAAAUUACAGAAUGUGUAUAAAUGAAUAAAGAAAAAUUAUUUGGCUGUGUUUUAGACAGCAUUAGAAUAUAUUGUUAAGCACAGUAAAGUAUAUUUGAAAUUUGAUGAACCAAAAAUGUGGUUUUGAAUGAAUAUUUUGUGAAUCUUUCUUAAAAGCUCAAGUUUGUAGACUUCUAAAUACAAUAAACAGUUGCAGCAGAU